AUGGUUUCCUUUCACAAAACGCUGGCCGAGAGUCCUAGAACUGAAGUUCAUGCAGAAUUUGAAGCAUCAUCAAAGAAGAGAAAGUGGGAAGAGCCAUUUGCUGAAGAAUUCUUCAAGGACCAAAAUAUGGAGCUCCAACUCGAGACCCCGUUUCCUUCAGAUAAAUGGCGUCAAUACCUCAGUAUUCAGUCGGGGCAAAUACAGUUUUGUAACACAAGGGUGAAUAAGACAACAACAGAGGAUUCAAAAAGAAUCCCCGAACCACCUUCUGAUCACAUGAGCUUAAACCUUGAGCUGAACUUGACAUGUGAAUCACCGAGGAAGAAACAAGAAGACAGAUACUAUAUAAAUGAGAAGCAUAAUUCUGAUUCCCCUGUUAGAUUGAGUGAAAAUGAUGAUCUGUUUAUUGAAUCAAGCAAGUGUAAGAAAGAUUCAGAUAGUUUAAUUGGUUCUCCCUCAUGGUUAUCAUCAGAGGGAGAUUACAAAGAGAUGGUUGCAACAGUUUGCAUGCGAUGCCACAUGUUGGUAAUGCUAUGCAAGUCAUCUCCUUCCUGCCCUAACUGCAAAUUCAUGCACCCACCUGAUCAGAACCCUUCAAAAUUCUUGAAGAGAAGGUGCAGCCUCUUCUGCUAGUUAGGAACGUUGCAGAUACUGGUCUAGAAAUUUUCAGCUUUAUAUCACGGCAUGGUCCAAUCUUACGGCGUUAUCUUUUUUCUUUUUUACAUUUUC